AUGGAUAUAUACAAAGGUGAAUCAUCAUCUAUAUCUAUAACAUCACCAAAACAUUCAUGUCACGAAUUGGGCUUUACAGAUUCACUUUUGUGUUCAACAUGUAAAGAUUUUGCAGAAUUUGUUGGAGAUUCAGAUUUCAUUGAUAACAAAGCCAAAGAUUACAACAAAUUCAAAUUUACUCACGAACAAGGUGCCAAUCCACGUUUAGUUCUCCGUGAUACUGAAGGUAAAGAAGAAGAGAUCAGUAUUGAUGGCUGGAAAUCAGAAAACUUAGAAGAAUUUUUAAUCCAAAACAAUUUAAAGGAAUAA